UCAGCAAUCGUCAGUUGGGACAAGUCAAGCAGUUGUAGAGGAAGUUUCCUUCAGCGGCCUUAAAUGUCCUCAGAUUUGCUAAAAUCUCAGAUCUGAAUCAACAAACUUUGCACCAAAGAGUUCUGCGGCAGAAGAGCAAACUUUUGGCGAUCGCAAAGUUGCAGGAAGUUUGAAACAACUUGCUCGUUAAGACAUUCUUCGGGGGAUUUCAAAAAAGGGGUUUUACUAAGAUUAGUCUUUUUCACGUGAAAGAGCCUUUAUAAGGCGUCGUUUUGUUGGAGACGGUGGUGCGCUACACAAGUAGAAAAGGAAUUGUGUUUUUGUGCAAAACUUUAAUUUGUGCAUUUCAACAUGGCAGCGUAUACUUUACCAGAGGGAUUCACGGAGUUUGAUAUGUUUUCAUUCGGUACGGCGCUUCUUGUUGGCGGGAUGCUGGGAUUCUUCCUCAACGCCAUCAGCAUCGUGUCUUUCCUCACAGUGAAGGAGAUGCGCAAUCCCAGUAACUUCUUUGUGUUCAAUCUUGCCGUGGCUGACCUCUGUUUGAAUAUUAACGGACUCACAGCUGCAUAUUCGAGCUACCUCAGAUAUUGGCCGUUUGGUCAAGAUGGAUGUGCCUUUCACGGUUUUCAGGGCAUGAUAUCAGUCUUGGCGUCCAUCAGUUUCAUGGCUGCCAUCGCUUGGGACAGAUAUCACCAGUAUUGCACCCGACAGAAGCUCUUCUGGAGCACAACGCUGACGAUGAGUGGCAUUAUCUGGAUUCUUUCCAUCUUCUGGGCUGCUGUUCCUCUCAUGGGAUGGGGCGUCUAUGACUUUGAGCCUAUGAGGACUUGCUGCACGCUGGACUACACCAGAGGGGACAGGGACUAUGUAACGUACAUGCUGACUCUGGUGGUGCUCUAUCUGAUGUUCCCAGCUUUCACCAUGAUGUCAUGUUACAAUGCCAUCCACAAACACUUCAAGAAGAUUCAUCACCACAGGUUUAACACCAGUGUGCCUCUGAGGGUGAUGCUGACGUGCUGGGGUCCCUACGUCCUCAUGUGCAUCUACGCCUGCUUUGAGAAUGUCAAGGUCGUAUCUCCAAAGUUGAGAAUGGUGCUCCCAGUUAUUGCAAAGACAAAUCCCAUCUUCAACGCUCUCCUCUUUUCAUUUGGAAACGAGUUCUACCGAGGCGGCGUGUGGCACUUCCUCACCGGGCAGAAGAUCGUUGAACCGGUUAUAAAGAAAAAAUAAAAGGAAACUCAAUACUUUCUGGCAAAAAAUUCCAAACCUUAAUUUUCUCUUAUGAUAGAGUCCUGUUGCAAACAUCAACGAGACAUUUAGAAGUCUGUUCAGUUGUUUGGCUUGGGACAAUCUUCACAUUUGGAGCCUCAUGCUGGAUUUAUGUGAAGCUAGUUUGUGUUGUAAUUUAUCCACUUUGAAAUUACUGCAUUGUUUCUAAAACAAUUCUUCUUAAACUGCUCCUCCGUUCGUGUAAGACCACUUACAAUAAACACAAUGUGUUGCUGCUCUUCUA